AUGGAUCAUGAGAUUUGUCGGGCUGGACGGCGUGUGGAGGGUUUACCUCAGAGACUCGUUAGGAUAUCAAGUGAUGCUGAAGAAGCUCCGGUGCUUCUCGAGACUUCUGGGUUAGCAUCUAUAGAUUAUCUCGCAUUGAGCGCUCGUUUGUUUGUGGGAACGGAGGACACCAGGAAGGAUCCUACGCUGGAAAAUCUCUCUAUCUUAGAAACAACGGGAAAGUCCUUAGAUACCAGUUCCUUUCCUAAAGCCUUUACAGAUGCAUUCACCAUUACCCGACGUCUAGGAUUUGAAUACAUCUACAUCGCCCCUCUCUGUCACGUGUCAGACGAUCCCCUCGAUCUUAUAUCAAUCUUCGCACAAGCAACUCUCCUUCUUUCCGCUGAUAACGUAAGUUCUCCCACAGAUGGAUUAAUCCAAGAUCGAGCAGUUUUCAAUUCUCCUCCCCUUGGUACCAACAAAGACCGUUAUCUCCGUCUAAGCUGUCUUCGCAAUCACGCCGAUCUCGGUUCCUCUCCUCUUUCAACAUCAGGCUGGGCAUUUAUUGAACGGGUCCUCGCUCCGAGAGUGUUGCAUUUCACUAAACGUCAGUUAAUUUGGGAGUGUGCUGAUGGAUGGAAAUUCGAAGCGUCGAAUGUGGAAGAUACGCAAUAUGGGAGUGGGAUGAUCAGAGGAACGUAUCAGAAAAAACUGACGCAGCCUUACAUCAAGGAAUAUCUUUCUCGAGAAGCUGGAAAUGUCUCAAACCCCAGUAUACAAGAUACCACUCAGACAUCAAAUCUCAACGACUAUGCACAGAGAUUAGAAGUCUGGUACCAACUCAUCGACACCAUCUCCCGCACCACCUUUCCCUCUCAACUCGCUAAAUCCAACGCCCUCUCGCUCAUCACAAAAAUCAUGGAUAACAACACAUUCGGCACAAACCUCUCUGGAAUCUUCACCACAAAUAUCGCAUACGGACUUGCAUGGAGCCGCGUAAACGCACUGCUAACGCCAAAUCGUGACGCCCAUGCCCCAAGCUGGAGUUGGGAGAGUGUACAGGGAUCGAUUUCCCACAUGUACACGAGCUAUCCCCCUUCCAUCCUACAUAUACGCUCUACCCACGCAUCCUGGAUAGAUAAACACAUCCCGCAUCUUCUUUCCCACGAUUCCCAUUCCUCGUCCACCCAUCCAUCCUCUUCCCUCCCCGUCUCCCAUCCCCAUCCCACGUCUCCCUCUCUCGAAUGCAAAGCGUCCCUCACCAGCAUCCUCCACCUAUGCGCGCACUUCGCGCCCCACUUCCCAAAAUACACAAUCCAUCUCGUGCUCGACCAAUCCCCCAUCUUCGACUGUUCAUGCUGCGGUCCCCGAAGCGACGCGCGGCAAGAAUCCGGAAUGCAGGAAUUGGAAGAGAGGAAGCUUCAUUACUUCGCGAUGUAUGUAGUGGGCGAUCUGGAUGUGGAAGCGGGAGAGGCGGAUCCGUGGAAAGUGGGUAGGUGUGCGGAUAUGCUGGUUUUGAGAAUGCUGGAUGCGAGGGGGGAGAUGGGCAGGGCUGGUGGAGAUGGAGAUGGAGAUGAAGGGGUUGCUGCACAGAGAGAAAAGAUUAGGGGGGGUGGUGGAGUGGCUUUGUAUGAGAGAGUAGGAUUGGUGAGAUUGAGUUUUGCGAGUUAUGAGAAGAAUGCUGAGGAUGAAGCGUCCAUACAGGAGAAAUUCGAUGGGGUGGGAUGGGAUAGGAAAACUAUCAGGUUGGUUUGA